AUGCUGGCAGAAAUGGAGCGAUGGGUAGAUGACUUCCCGCCGAUAGCUCAACCCAUGCGAUUUGGAAACAAAGCUUUCCGGCAAUGGCAUGCGCGUUUGUGUGAGAAGGGCGAGGGCCUUUUGGCCGAUGCUCUUCGUAGAGCACCAGCAGCUACCGCUGAACAGGUUGGACCACUGUCGACGGAGCUGGCAUACUACCUUCGGGGUUCGUUUGGUGACGAGAGGCGGAUCGACUACGGAACAGGCCACGAGGUCGCAUUUCUCGCCAUUCUUUUCGCCUUGGGAUCGACCGGAAUUCUCGCUCGCUCCGAUGCAGCUGAUGCGGUGCUUGUAGUCUUUGCAGACUACAUCCGCCUGAUGCGGCGUCUGCAGAAAGUCUACAUGCUGGAGCCUGCAGGCCUGUGCAGCUGA